AACAGCCACAUAAAAUGAAAAUAACUAGAUACAAGAAGGUUCAAAAAUACCUAAAGUUCUACUACAACAACUUUGGCUUUCAUCAGCCGUACCAAGUUCUCAUCGACGGCACAUUUUGUUUUGCAGCUUUCAAAGAACAAAUAAAUGUAAGAGACCAAUUACCAAAAUAUCUCAAUGGACAAGCGAAACUGCUCACAACAAGAUGUAUCAUAAUUGAAACAGAGAAGGUUGCUAAGAAGGCACAUGGAGCCCUCACCAUCCUGAAACAGUUUGGUAUACAUGAAUGUGGACAUAAGGAACCAAUACCCGGAUCACAUUGCAUUCUGUCAAUGAUUGGCAAGAAAAAUGACAAGCAUUACAUCCUAGCUUCUCAAGACAGAGAUCUACAAGAGAAACUUAGAAAUAAACCCAGUGUACCACUUCUCUAUUUACAUAACAAAUCACCAACAUUAGAAAAACCUUCGAAAGCCAGCCAGGAAAAAGCUGGUCAAACUAUUGAAGCUAACUCAUUUUUGUUCAUAAGCGAAACCCAAAAUGAGGCGCUAAAAACCAUGAAACAGGCAUUAGGAAUUGAAGAAAAAAUUGAGGAACCUAAAAUAAUUCCGAAAAAAAAGAAAAUUCGUAAUCCUAAUCCUUUGUCUUGUAAGAAGAAAAAGAAGAAGCCAGGAACAGCAAGCAAGCCUUCAGAAAGCGCUCAGGAUAAAGGAGUGAGUGAAGGCAAAGUAAGAAAAAGAAAGAAAAAAAAAAUACCUAAACAUUUGAAGCAGCAGUUGUCUGUGAGUGCAGCAAUGUAAAUAAAUUUAUAAAUUGUAAAA